AUUCUAAAAAUUGAGUAAUAGAGACGAUGACGACGACUCUCCUCAUGGCUUCGCUCAUCGUAAGCUUUCUACUUAUCUUAUACUACACCACAAUAGUCGUUGCCUCAUCAGAAUCUCGGUGUCGGCGUUACAAAUCAAUCAUCAGCUUCGGUGAUUCCAUUGCGGACACCGGAAAUUAUGUUCAUCUCUCCAACGUCAAUAAUCUUCCUCAAGCCGCAUUUCUUCCUUACGGCGAAAGCUUCUUCCAUCCUCCCUCCGGCCGUUACUCGGACGGCCGUCUCGUUAUAGAUUUCAUCGCCGAAUUCUUGGGACUACCGUACGUUCCGCCUUACUUCGGAUCCCAAAACGUGAGCUUCAAUCAAGGGAUAAAUUUUGCUGUGUAUGGAGCAACCGCCUUGGAUCGUGCCUUUCUUGUAAAACAAGGAAUUAAAUCUGACUUCACCAAUAUUAGUCUAAGUGUUCAGCUUAACACCUUCAAGCAGAUUUUACCUAACCUUUGUGCCUCAUCUACUCGUGAUUGCAGAGAGAUGCUUGGAGACUCGCUGAUACUCAUGGGAGAGAUUGGUGGAAACGACUAUAAUUACCCAUUUUUUGAAGGAAAAAGUAUCAAUGAAAUCAAAGAGCUUGUUCCUCUAAUCAUCAAAGCUAUUUCUUCUGCUAUUGUGGAUUUGAUUGAUUUGGGAGGAAAAACAUUCCUGGUACCCGGAAACUUCCCAAUAGGAUGUUCCACGGCAUAUCUUACUCUAUUUCAGACCGCGACAGUAGAACACGACCCUUUUACAGGUUGUAUCCCAUGGCUUAACAAAUUCGGAGAGCACCAUAACGAACAACUUAAGAUAGAACUCAAACAACUCCAAAAACUCUACCCUCAUGUCAACAUCAUUUACGCCGACUACUACAACUCUUUGUACGGACUUUUUCAAGAACCAGCCAAAUAUGGUUUUAAGAACAGACCUUUGGCUGCUUGUUGUGGAGUCGGAGGUCAAUACAACUUCACUAUUGGUAAAGAGUGUGGAGAAAACGGAGUUAGCUAUUGUCAAAAUCCUUCUGAGUAUGUGAAUUGGGAUGGUUAUCAUUUAACCGAAGCCACGUACCAGAAGAUGGCUCAGGGUUUACUCAAUGGUCGCUAUACAACUCCUGCUUUCGACUGGUCCUGCCUUGGCUCUUAUGAUUUCAGUGGAUAAAGAUGAUUUAGUAGUGGCUCUGGCCUUUGCAAGAAAAAAAGAAGAGUUGCAGAGAAUUGCAAGGAAUCUUGGAUUACAAAUUAAUAGUUUAUUAAAAGCACUUGAAGAAUUAAAAUAAAAAUUGUAUCCAAAAAAAUUAAUGGCCUGAUAUUCGAAAGGAAUCUUAGAUUAUAGACUGGAGA